AUGAAGAAGGAGCGAAAGGAGCGCGAGAAGGAGGAGAAGCGCCGCUCCCGCCAACGCGCCUCGAGCGAGAGCGGCAGCGAGUCGGCGCCGGUUUUCCUCGACCGCUACGGCGAGGCCGCUGCCGCGAAGACGACCCGUGUGCCCUCGCUCUCCCUCGGCACGGAGGGGGACGGCCUGGAGAUCGCGGCCGACAGCACCAAGUCGCCAUCGACCUUUCUGCUGGACCAGAUGACGACCAUGCUCGCCCUCAUGAACGGCCACCACGAACAUGAAGUCGCCCGGCUCUCCCUCGCCGGCCUCCUCGACAUUCUCUCCCGCAUAGAGGACAACGACCCGCGGGUGACGUCGUUCGACGGGCAGGACUACCGCCACUGCUUCACGACCGAGCUCUACGAGCGCCUGUUCCUCGCCCUCGAGAAGAACCGCUGCCUCGCCACCCUCAAGCUCACCCACCUCGACCUCGAGGACGGCCACCUGCAAUUCCUCGGCCGAAAUCCCUCCAGGUCCGNGCCACUCGUCACCCGCGAGAUCCACAAGUACCUCCGCCGCAACAAGACCGCGGCCAAGCGCCCCGGCCGCAGCGCCACGGUCUACGUGCCGAUGCCGGCGAUGAUGACGUCACCAUCGGUCGCGGCGGCCGCGGCGACUGCCACGUCGGCACAGCACUCGCCGGCGGGGUCGUCGUCGCCGGCGUCGCAUUCGCCUUACUCGUCGACGUCGGCCGUCGGCCUGAGCUCGUCGGGCGGCAUCGUGGGCGCCGGAGUUGGUUCUGGUGGGCUCGGAGUGAAAGACAAGCGAUCGUCGCUGCCGGUGAGCGAGAAGGACCGGGAGCGGCUGCGCAAGCUCGAGGACGAGCUCGGCGCGAUGGCGCGCGAGAUGAAAGAUAACAAGCGCGAGAAGAAGGCGCUCAAGGAGCUCAACGAGCUGCUCAAGCAGAAGAUCACCGACCUCGUCGCCACGUCGUCCACGUCGUCGGCGUCGGCGGUGUCGACACCGCCCCCGUCGCCGUCGACGUCGGUCGCGGGGUUUCCGCCGUUCGGCGCAGAGAAAGCGGCGCAGAAGAAGACGAAGCGCAACUCGACGACUGCGCCGCAGCCCGCGGGAGCGCCCGCAGCGCCUUCCAGUACGGGCACGCCCAAGCGGAGCCCGCGCGGCGUCAAGAAUUUCUUCGCCUCCCUCGGAUCCUCCGAUGCCACCGUCGCCACCCAAAAGGGGCGCGAACGCGCGCACUCGCUCACGUUCGAUGAGCCGCCGGCGCCCGUGCGCCCGGUGCCGCCGGGGUCGCCGUCGCAGACGAUCGUCAAUCCGCUGUCGGCCGACCGCUCGCUCGGGGCGUCGCACCUCUACGGCAUGGCCUCGGUCUCUGCGCUCGGCUCGCUCGUCUCGGCGCGCGCAGGCGGCGGUGGAAUCGGAGCUAAAGCCGUCGCCGGCGACUCAGGGACUCAGGGAGGAGCGGUCGGAGCUAAAAAGAAGGCGGUGAUUGGGCGUUGCAUCAGGCAGGUCAACAUCGCCGGCGUCACCCCAGCCAAACCCAACGCCGGACAACCGGAGAGCGAGGACGAAGAACAGCAAACAACCGCGACGAAGGCGACCAAAACGAAAGCGAAGAAGACGAAAAGCGACAAAAAGAACGAAGACGAAAGCGAAGACAGGGGGGAGGCCGAGGUCGAACAGGAGGACGUCUAUUGCAGCGCUUACGAGUGUCUGCUCGACGGAUGGGGCUGCCAGAUGAGGGAGCUCACAAUGCCCAUCGCGCUCCUCUCCAACACCAUCCACUCGAUCUCGUCGCCGCCCACCUCGCCCACAGCCCGGAGCGCCGAGGCCCGGCGAGCCGCCGUACGCCUCACCAAGCGCGGGCUCAACGUCUCCAUCAAUCCCCUCGAUGAUCUGGAGAAAGAGAUCAUCAAGCUGGAGCAGCUGCCGCCACGACAAUGUUGUGCGCUACCUGGCGCACGAGCGCUGCGGCAAGAGACUUCGCUCGCUCAUUUCCUGCGGGAGCGGAGGAAGCGGCGGGAUCUGCUGAGCGAGUGGGAGGUCAUCCAGAUCGCCAACCAAAUCCACGCCGCCGUCCACUUCCUCCACUCCAACGCGAUCCUCCACCGAGAUCUGCGGCUGGACAACAUCUUUUUGUGGGGCGAGCCAUCGGAUGGCCGGGUGGUGGUGGGAGGCUUCGACAGCAUGGACGCCGCCGCCGCCGCCGCCUAUGAAAUCAAGUCGUCGGAUCCGUCCAACGGCAGCUUCCGCGCUCCGCAUUUUGUGGCGCCCGAGCUGCUGAGCACGGCGCCCAACGCGCCUCUCGCCUACACCACCCAAACCGACGUGUGGGCGUUCGGGAUGGUCCUCUAUUCUCUGCUGACCCUCCGCGUCCCCUUCGACGGCAUGACAUCGACGCAAGUGAAGGAGGCGGUGCUGGCCGGUCAGCGCCCGGAGCUGAAGUCCAAGGACCAGCUCGAGGCCGACAACGUGGUAGUCACCGCAGCGCCCGCCCCGCCGACGUCGCCCGCCGCCCCGUCAACGUCGCCCGCGAGGGACAGCAAGAGCCCCAGAAGGCGAGCGCGCAGCCCCAGGAAGAGAGCGAAGGAGAACGAAAACGAAGAAGCAGAAGUCGGAGUUGACAAGGCCAAGGCCGAGGAGGAGGCCUUGAUCGGAGCGAAAAAGGAGGCGGAGGCGAAGAAGCGGAAGAGCGAGCGGACGAAGGCGCUGAUGCGGUACGCCAAGCUGCAGGACCUGGUGCGCAACAUGACCGCGCAGGACCCGGCCAGGCGCCCGACCCUCGACAAGGUCAAGCUCUACCUCUUCCUCUGCGAGAGCCUGUAA